AUGUCAGGUUUCCCCUCUGCCCCGCCGCCGAAGUCUCGCCUCGGCCGAUACCGCAUCCUUGCCCCCACUGCGGGUGUCAAGGUGAGCCCUCUAUGUCUGGGCGCAAUGAACUUUGGUGAAGGAUGGAAAGAGAGACUGGGUGAAUGUGACAAAGAGACCUCCUUCAAGAUCCUGGAUACAUUCUACGAGAAUGGCGGCAAUUUCAUCGAUACUGCAAACAACUACCAAAACGAAGACUCUGAAGCCUGGGUGGGCGAAUGGAUGGAAAAGCGCGGUCUGAGAGACCAGAUCGUUCUCGCAACAAAGUAUUCCUCGGGUUACCGAACUUAUAACAAAUCCGAGAUCCAGGCCAACUUUGUUGGAAACAACACAAAGAGCAUGAGGGUGUCCGUGAAUGCUAGUCUGAAGAAGUUACGCACCGACUAUAUCGACCUGUUGUACGUCCAUUGGUGGGACUUUGCCACUUCAAUCGAGGAAGUGAUGACUUCACUCAAUCAGCUGGUCACAUCAGGCAAAGUGCUCUACCUCGGUGUCAGUGAUACACCUGCAUGGAUAGUCAGCCGCGCAAACCAAUACGCUCGCGAUCACGGCAUGCGCCCAUUCUCCGUCUACCAAGGCCAAUGGAACGCCGCCAAGCGCGACUUCGAGCGCGAAAUUAUUCCCAUGUGCGCUGCUGAAGGCAUGGGUCUCUGCCCCUGGGGCGCCAUCGGCGGAGGCGCGUUCAAAACAGCCGCGCACCGCGAAGAGCUCGCGAAAAACGGCAACCCAGGCAGACAAGUCGAGCCGCGAGAGGUCGACGUCGCCGUGUCCAAAGUAUUAGAGAGCGUUGCAAACCGGCACAACACGGUCAUUACUAGCGUUGCGUUGGCAUAUGUGAUGAGCAAAGCGCCUCACGUUUUCCCGAUUGUUGGCGGCCGUAAGGUCGAGCAUUUACUGGGUAAUAUUGAGGCGUUGGGGUUGGAGUUGACUGAGGAUGAUAUUAAAGAGAUUGAGAGUGCUUAUGAGUUUGAUCCUGGGUUCCCGACGACGUUCUUGUUCCGUGGGGAGAAUAAGGAGGCUCAUCCUGGGAACGUUUUCUGGAAGAAUGCUGCGGCCAAGUUUGAUUAUGUUGAUCUGGUGCGACCUAUCAAGCCGAAGAGUCUCGAUGCGUGA